AUGACGAUCGAGAUAAAGCCGAUAACCGCAGGUGAUAUUCCUUCGGCGGUCGAAUGCAUCCAGCAAGCAUUUGCCGACGACCCGUAUCACCUAUGGGCUUUCGACGCAGCAAAGUUCAACAAGCAGAGGAACUUCGCCAGUCUCAAGGCCAAGUGCGAGUGGGGAAUGCACAAUGCGUUGUUCUAUGUCGCAAAAGACCCGGAGGACAAGGACGGCAAGGUGCUCGGAGUCAGCAUGUGGAUGAAGCCUAGGCGUGCGGACCAGAAGCAAACGUGGUCCGAGUGGAUGGACGAUUACGUCCUCUGGUUCAAGCAGGGACUGAACCUUGUCUGGUACAGGGGACGCGGCGGAUUGCAGACGAAUCGAUACUGGAUCUGGAAGCGGGAACAGGCUAUUGCUCAGUCCGAGAUCUGGACGGAUCCUCAUGGGUACUACUUCUGCAACAUUGUCACGGUCAGGCCCGGCAUCCAAGGCAAGGGGGUCGGCCGCCAGCUGUUUGAGAUCGUGACCAAGAUGGCCGAUCAGGAACAGCGCAAGUGCUACCUCGAGUCAUCCAAGGAGAAGCCCAACAUCGCCAUCUACGAGAAGAUGGGAUUUCGACUAGCACGGAAGAUGGUGUGCGAGGAGGGAGGACACGUCUGCGAUCUGUUCUGUAUGGUCAGAGAACCGCAACCAAAGCCGUAA